AUGCGAGGUAAUUUUGAGCCUGUUGCGUGGAAAAGAUUAAUUUGUAAUAAUCCUAGCCCGCCUAAGUGUAUUUUCAUUGGAUGGUUGGUUGUUUUGAGGCGUUUAGCUACCCGUGACAGGCUUCUCAAGAUUGGUAUUGCUUGUGAUCCUGUGUGUUGUUUAUGGGAACAGGAGCAUGAGGAUAUUGACCACUUAUUCUUUGACUGCUCCUGGUCUGCAGCGAUCUGGAAUAGAGUUUUGGCGUGGGUCGGGUUGGAUAGGCAUGCUUGCAGGUGGGAUGAUGAGUUGGAUUUUGUUGUUUCUUUUGCUGCUGGUAAUUUGGCUGAGCAUCAGGUUUACAGAUUAGCCCUCUUUACUACAGUUUACUUUGUUUGGCGGGCCCGCAAUCAGAAGAAGUUCCAGACUCGUAUUCCUGAUUCCGCCAUAUUAUUCAAGGAGAUUCAAUUGGUUGUUUUUUCUCGUUGCUUUAUGUUGAAGAAACUCAGGAAGACCAGUCAUGAGUUGUAG